AGAUCAAACGAGUCGGUAGAGGAGCUCGAGCAUCAGAGUCUGGCAUUCGCUACUCUCUCCCGUCGAGUUCGUAUGGAAUGUCGUUGUACGACUAGCGCCAAUCAAGCUCAAGGCGGGGCACCACGUCGAAAUCGCGCGAACCCGGCAACUGGUAUCGACAUAACCUGGGCCGCAAAUGGCAGUUGGAUCAAUUGGCGAUGGGGUAUCCGACCCGUAUCCGAUCCCUGCAUGCUAUUCGUCAAGUGGACGGUGGGCAACAUGAAAACGCGAAUGUGGAGCACGCGAGAGAUGAAUUGGCGUUUUGGGGCUCCGCGGAUCAAGGGUCAGCUCUAGAGUGAUUGCGGUUCGGCUGCUGCGAGAGUCCUCGGUUAACCCAGCCGGAGGGCGUCCACUGAGUUAUAUGGGAGGUUCACCACCACGUCAGAGGUAGAGCAGUUGUCCACUACGAUCGAUCCGCUCUUCUUUGUUGUUGCGCGAUGGAAAACACCGGAGGUCAAACUACGAAGGCAACGCUUGGCAAGCGGCAGCGUAGUGUCAGCGAUUUUGGGCAGACCGAGAAGCGUAGGUGGGCCUGCGAUUUUGAGGGGUGCACCAAGUCGUUUCAGAGAAGGGAUCAUUUGGAGCGGCACCAGGCAAACCACGCACCGAUUGCGCCGUUCGCCUGUGGAGCCUGUGGUCGAGACUUUGCCCGUCUGGAUGUCCUGGAGAAGCACCUGAAGAUUCACGAACGCGAUCGCGAAAGGCAGCAACAAGGACACUCUGCACCGGGCCCUCCUCCGGCGAAACCUAUCCAUCGGAAUAUUGACCAGCAAGCGUAUUCACUCCCUGCUCCAGGGAUUUCCGAACAGCCUCUUCCCAGCCGUCGAUUCUCCGAACUUGAUACACCGCAGCAUCAAUUUUUGUCUCCUCAAGCCCCUGCGCACGUCUCGCCUUUGACAUUCGCCAGUCCUACGGGUGCUCAGGCCACUUCAUCACCUUUGCAGACCUUCUCGCAGCAGUCUCCGCAAGACGAGUUGUCGCUGUUCGCCUCGGGUGAUUUCUCGUUUUUCAACGACGUGCCGGCGGAUAAUUAUUCCUGGCUUUUCGAUCUGGAUCAGAUGGCGCCUCCCAACCCUGAUCCACCAUCCUACACAUAUCCCAGUGUCGAUCUAAGUACGGCGCAAAAUCAAACAACGCCCACAACCCAAUUUGCUCUUCCACAAGUGCAAACGCCCUCUUCACGGCCCAGAACUUCGCAAACACCACUGCCUCCCCUCCAGCUCGACCAUCCGCCCCUACAUUCCCCCUCCCCCGAACUCAUCGAGUGCGAAGCCGGCUUCCUCACCGCCACCUGCCGCACUCGCAUCCUGAACUUCAUCCCGGCAGACUUCUUGAAAUCCCCAAAACUCUCUUUCUCAGCUCUCCGAACCUACAUGGAACUCUUCUGGCUCCACUUUUACCAACAAUCACCCAUUAUUCACCGGCCCUCGUUCUACCCACCCACGACACCGGAGCCAUUGUUGAUCAUCAUGCUUGCCAUUGGAGCGUCACAUUCGAGUGAUCGAGGUGCAUGGGAGAUCAUGAAGGGGAUCGUGACGAAGCUGAGGACGAGGUUGUGGGAGAUGACUGAGGAGAGUCCAGCGUUGGAGUUGUGGGUUUUGCAGACAAUGCUGUUGGUUUCAUAUUAUGAGAAGAUGAUGGGGGAUUCUGUACAGCAUGACAUGGGGCAGAUUUUUCAUGGGAGCACGGUUGCUUUCGUGAGGUUUGCGGGGUUAUUCAGAGGUGAGGAGUAUGCCACUCUGCGGUCCAACACCACAGUCAGCGACGACGAGCAAGAGGAAUACCGCGCAUGGCGCCGGUGGGUAGAGUACGAAGAAAAGAAACGGGCAGCGUAUUUUGCGUUCUUGAGCGAUUGUCAGCAUGCGGCGAUGUUCCGGCAUACGCUGGCUUUGUCGGCGUUCGAGCUCCGGAUGGACCUACCAUGUAAUGAGUCGAUCUGGCGAGCGCCGAAUGCGAAGGCAUGGCGGGUUCAGUACGUCAAAGCUUCUCCACCAAAAGCGUUUCUGCCAACGCUGAAGUCAUUGAUUACCGAUCCUACACCGGAAGGGGCAUUACCCAUCAACAACCCGUUUACGAACUGGUUGUUGCUGCAUGGACUUUUGAAUGUCUCGUGGGAUAUUAUGUGGCGUGGGCUUUAUGAUGUAGGGAUCGUGACGGAUGUGAAGAUGUUUGACUGGAAACGAGGGUUGAUUCGGGCUUUGGAGGGUUCUCAUGCGUUGUAUCAGACUGCGAAGGCGAAUAAGCCGCGUCAGAAGUAUUUGUACGAGUGGGCACAUUACCCGAUCUACCACUUGGCGUUUAUCGCCCUCAAUGUCGAUCUCGUACUGGUUCGGAUUUGGGCAGGUGCACCGCGUGUUCUGGGGCGUCCAGUCUUGCGAGGAGAAAGGGAGAGGGCCCGUGCUUUCAUGAGAAAAUGGGCAACGGCGGUUGAAGGCCGAAAUGCGGUUUACCACGCCACACUCCUCCUCAAAGAGAUUUACGCUUCCGAAAGCUGGAACAAGGCAGUCCAUGUACCAUGGUGUCUCUACCUCGCCACACUCACCUGCUGGGCCUUCGGUGCUGCGUUUGAGGGACGUGAUCCGCAGCCUCGAAGGUUCGCUUCAGAGGAAGGAUGGGUGGAACCGUCGCUUGCGAGAAGGGAUAUGGAGGUGUAUUUGAAUGCGAUGUCCGUGAGACAUCCUGAUGCGGUGGCGAGUGUUGCGUUGAAGAAUCAGACCGUGGGGAUCAUUGCGAUGGCGGUUCACGUGCUGCAGGACGUGAAGUGGGGGAUUGUGACGGGGGCCCAUAAUGUGUUGAAGGGGUUGUUGUUGAGGUAUACAGAUCACGACAAAUCAGGUUGAAAUACUCUUAUGAGAUGAUAUGACAGGUUUAGCGGCACGGCGGGGGAGGAU